AUGCCGCGGAGUUCUCGCCACGAGUCCUCGCACAGGGGGCACGGGCGCAGUUCGAGGGAUGCCAGGGAGCGGUCGGAUUCUGAGGAGGAGGAGACGUCGAGGGAGCGGAAGUCGAGGGAGACUUCUGUGGCUGCUGAGUCGGAGAAGCGGAAGAGCUCCUCUUCGUCUCUGCGUUCCCAGGGGAAAGGGGUUUCGGGAACUGAGAAUGGCGACUAUGGUGGCGGUCACGGAGGGAAGAAGAAAGACAGGCACGCAGACUCGGCCUCCCCUGCCGACCGAGGCGAUGAUGGUGACGAGCAGGACAGCUUGGAUGAGACGGAGUUGAAAGUGGAAGAUCUCGGACACGUGGACUUGGAUGAGAUGGCCAAAACGAAGGUCUCGACUGCUGAUUCAAAAGUUAGGUCUAGCAGACGGCACGAAAGUUCCAGCGAUAGGAAGAAUGAUUCUGGCAAGCGGAAGUCGGACAAAGACUACAACCGAAGAGAGAGCAGUACUCAUCAUAAGGACGGGAAGGACAGGGACAGGGAGCGCGGCUCCGAGAGGGACAGCGAGCACGGAUCGGAGAGGGUACGAGAGCGUGACUCAGAGAGGUAUAAUGAAAGCGGUCUGGAGAGGGGCAGAGAGAGUCGGUCUGAGAAGGAGAGAGAACGGGGUUCAGAGAGAGAGAAGAAAAAUCAGGAUGCCAAGCGCGACAGAUCAGAGGAUACAUCCACUAGAAAGCGAGGUGGUACGGCAAGUAGCUUGGAUGAAGAAUAUGCAAUGAAGAGGGAUGUGGAAAGUGACGGUAAGCUAAAUUUAAAUUUGAAUGGGUAUCUGAAAUUUCUAUCGUACUUAAUAUGUCAUUGUAGACUCAGUUUUUUGAACAAUUUGCAUAUUGUUUAGUGGGCAUAUGAUGUUCACUACAUUGAAUUUGUAAUUUUAGAAACUACCGUGCAGAUUAAAUUAUUCUCGAGCAGAGAGUGCUACAAAAUAGAGAGAAUGAAAAGAUCAGUGGGUUAACAAUGCCAAUGACUAUGACGAUCUUGAAAAGAGAAAAUUAGAAAGAUCUAGAUAAUGUCAUUUGGGUUUGAUUUUUCCUGCUCUAGAGCUUUAUCUCGAUAAGAAAUUAAAUUAUGGUGUGAAGAAACCUUAUAAGGUUUUGAUACAUAUAAAACUACUGAAAUGACAUAAUCAAUAAAUAAUGAAGAAAAGGCAAACUUGUGGGAAUGAUAUUAUCAGUCUUUAUGCUCAGGAGCAAGAUAUCCUUUCAAUGGUAUUAAAUUUGGCGUUAAGAAUAUUCCAGCUUUUAUUCUCUUCAACAAUUUGAGGGAGGAGCGUUUACAUGUUAAAAUAAUUUGGAAAAGAAGUAGCACGGUUUUCAUUGUGCGGGGUUUAGUUUGGGCUUGGCCUGGGCCGUAAGAAUCAAGUGCAGUAGGAACCACUUCAUGAGUCCAACCUGAUCCACCCAAUAAACCCCACAUGUUUCAUGCAUUUUGAUCAGGAUGGAGAAUGAAAGAAGAGAAGUAGAUGCAGAGGAAGAUAAAAAUGGGAAAUAGAUGAACAGGAUAACAGGGGAUUGAGGGGAUGACAUCCCGGUGAUGAGGAGGCACGACCGAAGGGAUGGAUUUUUCAAGAAAUGCGUGGUGAUGAUGCUUUCAGUAGAUUAGGCAGCAUAAAAACCUUGUGAAACGAGUUGGAUUAGAAUUUAGGUACGAUGGAUUUAUUAUGGAUUUUCACCUUCCAUGGUAUGUAGGUUAUUAAUGAUGUGGACAAGUGUCUAGCGAUUGUCCAGCUCCAUAUCGUCUCUGUAUUUUUUAAGACGUAACACUAAAUGGUGAACUUCAGAACCUGAAAUUUCGUUUUUGAAGCUUCCACGCUAUUUUGUUCUUCCGGCCCCAACAAUAUCAGGCCAUAGAGUGAGAUCAGUGACGCAUGAUCAUUCAAUUGAAGCAUGCACUUUUGUCUAAAUUUUUCUUUGGGGAAAUAACCAUGUCUGUACGAGCUAGAGUUAGACAUUUGUUAUAGGGAUUUUGGGGAGACAAUUAGAUUGUCUCACAUGCGAGACCCUUACUUUGAAAGUUGAUCAUACCGUGUUCUGUAGAAUUAUCCUAGCUAGAUCCUCACAUUCUGCAGUAGGGACUUCUCUCCAUUCAAUUUUGAUGGUUCGCCGUGUUGAAUCUCUUACUAUAUACAGAGAAUUCAGAAUCGGAUUUGCUGGCUGGAUAAACCACUGCCGAAAGGAUCCUGAUAUGAAGGAUGCCAUGUUCCUAAAAUUGACCUGUAUUGACCAACUCUGCCCCCAACUUUUUAUUAUAGUGGAUUUUGAAUUUCUCUAUUACAAUCCAAUUUGCUGCUGCUCCAGCUGUUUUGUGUAACUCUAGUUUAUGGAUUGUCUAAUCAGAUUUGAUUUUUUUUAUCCAAGAGUGGACAAGACCCAUUUAUUUAGUCAUAUUGUGGUUCCAUUGAAAGUUGGCUGAUUCCACCUCUUAACACUGUUUCAUUAGUCUUUGACAGUAGGGGAGACGUAUGUAGAGGGCAUAUGACCGUUAGUAAAUAUCAUGGAUUGGUUAUGGAUGACGUACUAUAAAUAAAAAGGUUGGAGCCCUCUGUUGAAGAUGAAGCUCUCUGUUGAAGCCCUCCGUCGGUUGGAGUUGCACGUUUAAAUACUUUUUGUGUGGUAUCUUACUUUAAAAUUCCUAUUUAGUACCCCCUUUAAAAUUUGUCGAUUUGAGAGCUCUCCAUUCCUGAACGGAAGGCCUAAUUCACCAGAUAGGUUCAGGCAAUUCUGAAUACGUCUCAGUUUAGCUAUCUUUUAUACCUCAUUCUCAGAAUAUGGGGGUAGGGCAAUAGCGAAAGAAGAGAAGAUAACUGUGAUUCUUGACACUGAACUCAUUUCUGUUUCGUUCGGUUUGUUUCAGAAAAUAGGGAGAUAUGGAUUUAGUGCAAUAGUGUACGUUAGAAAAUAUGAGAACUUUGACUGAUGUCUCUAAACUAAAUUUGUAUUUCGUCUGGAUUUGCAUCAGAGACGAUACGGUUCACAAAAAUUUGUGCACUAUUGAAGUUGAUCUCUUGAUUAGUGGCACUCUGGUACCUAACAUAUGUCGUAAAUAUUGGGUCUAACAUUACACAAUGCUUAUCUCGUCUAGAAUGGAUCAUACUACCAAAUGUCAGAAAGAUAAAGGUUCAUGAAAAUUGAGUUUAACUUUAUGCAUUCUCUAGUCACCUCUCAGUUAAAAAGCUGACUGGCGUUUGUUGAGACACUUUUGCAGGUUGCUCUAUCUUAACUCAUCGAAUAUGUUUUUAUUAUUAAAUAGGGUUCUUCUGAACUUAUUUUGGAAAAGAAGCUGAUUAGAGGUGGUUUUGUUACUAGAUACGAAUGGCUGGCGUUUUAUCUAUAUUUUUUAUUUUUACAAAUUCUGAACAGUGAAGAAAGAGAACAGAAUAUCAAUGAGAUCUCUUCAUUUGUCUCUUCAGUUUUGUUUGUCUUUGCGGAACGUUGAUACAUUUAAGCUUUUGUCUAAUUGUAUCUGUGGACUGCAAACUCUGGUUCGAAUAUAGUUUUCAUGUAUGCUAGGAGAUGGAACUGCCAGCUUCUCUUGAUUCUUUUGAGAUGAAGUACGGAAUUUACAGAAUGCACCUUCUUGAGAUCAAAAUUUGUUUCAUUUUUGAAUUUUUUGCUGAUAGUAAAGCUGUCUUUUUAAGAUGUGGCUUGUACUGUUUCUCUCAAGGCUGAACACGACGAUGGCUCAUUAUUUGAAGACGUUAUUACGGUUUUAUCUGUUGUCUUAGAGCUGUCCAUGGAAAAAAAUGUCCACAUGAGUCGAAAGAUUUUGAUUUGUUUUUAUUUUCUAUCCUUGUCAAAAUAUUUGAUGAUUGGAACUACUGUUGAUAUUAAUUUUGUUGGAUGUAACUGCAGUUGUUUCCCAUUAUGUAUUUCAAAACAUUUGUGUACAGAAAGCUGAUGUAGGAUUCAAUGUUCACUUGGUUAAUUACUCAGUCAGUUUUAUUUUUUAAGCCAAGCCCUAACUUUCCCUAGAUUUCAAAUGGUUUUCAUCAUACUGAUUUCAGCCGGAUGUUUUAAGCCUAUUUGCAUUAUGAACUUUUAUGAACUUUUGUGACACGAUUCGUUGCUAAUUCAUUUGAGUGUUAUAUUUAGCUUUAAAUAUAAUUUGAUUACUCAAGAAUUUCUGCUUCCAUAUGUACUUGUACUAUCUGUUUCCAAGUUUUGUAUCUUGGUUCACGCCGCAUACUUGAUACAAUCGCAUGAUUAUUCAUUCAGUAGCAAGCAUAUUAUGCCAUUUUCUGGAGUUUGGUUAAUUUCAUCACAAUAUCCAGUUUAUCUGUUUCCUUAAUUUGCAUUACGCAGUCUUUGUCCCAAGCAGCACUUUUUUGACAAAUUUUGCGUUAUUAUUUAGAAGAAGUAAUAAAUUUUUGGACUUUCGAGCUUUAACUUAUUGAUUUCAAUUAUUUUGUGCUACUGUUUUUCCCUCAGACUGGCAAAUGGAAGAUGAACUCCAUAGCGCCGAAUUAGAGAAGGAGAUGGAGAAACAGGAUCCGAAGAGAAGGGAUGACCUUCGAGACUGCCAAGAUGGUGACAAUAGCGAUGCAGUUCUCAUGAAAAGUGAUAAAUCUCAGGGAGAAGCAAGAGAUGGUGACGAUAAACGACUGCAUUCCAGGGAAAAUCGCAUGAAAAAUGGGAGUCAAAAGGAUGAUAAGCACAGGGAUGGAAGUCAUAGAGACAAGCACAAGGAUGACGGAAGCCAUAGAGAUAAAUACAAAGAUGAUGGAAGUUACAAAGACAAGUACAGAGAUGAUGGAAGCUAUAGAGAAAAGCACAGAGAUGAUAAGGUGAAGGAUGAUUACUCAAGAGACCAUAAUAGUAGCAGGUCCCAUGGUAAGCAUUACAGGGAUGACAAGAAGUCUGAGAGUGCCUACAAGAAGAGCAAGCACCAUGACAGCGACUAUGAUGGCAGCCCUUAUGCUGAAGACCGUGACAGCAAAUACAGGGACAGUAGAGGAAGGAAGCGGCCUUCUGAUGAAGGCGACGACCAUGUUGAUGCUAAGUCGAGGAAUGCAAAGGAACCUCGUGUGAACUUGGAGAGAAGUGCAUCAAAUAGCUUUAAUGUAGAUCGCAGUAGUGACAGAGAUAGGCAAGAAGAUGUACAGGACAGGACUGAUUCCCAAUAUAACCAACCAAAAGGCUCCCCCAGUUCAAGUGCUCAACAUACCAGGUAUCAGAAUCGGUAUUUUUUUUUUUCUCUGUCAUUUUUUCUGAAGCUAGUUCUACUUCGUGAUCAGCUAUUGGGUGUGCCCAUUCUAUGCAUUCGAUUGAAAAGCCCGCAUUAAAAACUUCGUUACUUUACAGCUAUCAGACAAAUUUUCGUUUCCCAUACUUUCUAGGGAAAUUCUUCAUCCAAACGGAUUCAAUUUUAUGUUGAAUCAUGGUUUUUGCAAAGCUAUUUUUGUGAAAAAAAAACUUUUCUGGCAACUGCGAAGAGAAACAAUAAUUCAUUAGAAGCCCAUGCCUUUUAUAGUGAAUUUCCGCAAGUUCGAGUUUGCAUCUAGUGUAUUCUUCUGCUUCUAAAUGUUCGUCGUACCGUUCACUUGGAACAGAUGACACAAUUCAUGUACAUUACACUUUUUAGAAAGGUGAACAUCCUGAAUUAUCAAGGAAUUCUGUCCUCAUCCGUUCUUUGUUCUCCCUUAUUCAGGCAUAGUUCCAAGCAGGUGGAAGCCACGGGAGGGAGUUCCUUGUCUGAAGAGAGACCUCGCGUUAUCACAACUUCAACAGGGGAUACGAUCACCUCCCCGGCAUUGCUUGGCAAAGCCUCUGAGCCACGGUCUCUGGAGAGGAGCAGUGCGAGGGAGGAGAAGCGUGUGAAUGAGUCGUCAGUCAGGAGCGUCUCUUCUUCAAAACACGAAAGAAGCCCUAGGUCUGAUCACCUCGGCUCGCCUACUCAGCUGACCGAAAAAACCCCCUCCACGGCAAGUGACCGGCGGCGGUCAGGUAGGAGCAGCAUGAGGCAUAAUAGCCUCGACGCUGAGGACUCUGGGCAGAGGAGCAGCAUCUCAAAGGAAGACACGGAGAAACCCAUCGCAGAUGACCGUUCUCAGGCAGACCCAAACAACAGCUAUUCGGGGGCCAUCGGUUUAUCUCCAUUCUCCAGAGCUGAUAGCUUCUCCGGCGGCUUCCCAGGCCAUCUUUCCCCAACCAUGAGGUUUGGAAUGGACAACCCGGGCAUGGCCUCCUUUGACGAAGAUGGAUCAUUCAAGGCUGGCACUCGCUACAAGCGGAAUAUGGAUCUCAGCAUGAACCGAGCCCAGGGAAAUAUCUGGAAAGGCGUCCACAGCUGGCCUUCCCCGGCCGUGAACGGGUUCAUCCCCUUCCAGCAUAUGCCGCCUCCCGGCGGGUUUCUCCAGCAGUUUCCUCCUUCUCUGUUUGGCGUCAGGCCACACAUGGACAUGAGCCAUCCGGGAGUUCCUUACCAUCUGCACGAGGCUUCGGAGAGGUUUGGCGGCCAUGGCCGGCCCUAUCUGUGGCCUAACCCGGCCGACGGCUCUAUCUCCCCGCACAUGCAGGUGUGGGAUGAGAGCGGAGGCCUCUCUAUGGAUGAUCCUCACAUGUAUGGCCGACCAGAAUGGGAGCAGAGCAGGCACUCCAUGGCCGCCAUGGGAUGGGAGAUGAAUGCAGAUGCUCGGAAGGGGCAGAAUGGAACUGGCGGCACGGACUUCCUGAAAGAAGCCGAUUACUCAAGAUCUGCUCACCCUUCUCGCACUGAGCCUGCCAGAUCUCCUGCAGAAAGUGCCGGGACCAGGGGAUCCCAGGAGGCCGUUCCAGGGAAGGAGGUGGCUGAAGUGCCAUCCAAGGGAUCGCGGGAGAGGAUCCAAGGGCCUUCCAAGAGCGAUGACAGUGCCCGCUUCUGCAGCGUCUAUCUUUCCAGACUUGACAUCUCGGCUGGCCUUGCGGGGCCUGAGCUGUAUAAGCAAUGCAUGGAACUGAUCGGUGGAGCUGACCCAGUGGAGACUAACUCGAAGGUUUCUAACUGUUAUCUCCAGGUACUGUGGAAGAUCCACUGAUAGACUUAUUUGGAUUUUUCCCCAUUUUCUGUGCCAAGCUGGAUUCAGCAGAGGUCUAACUGCCCACACUUGUUUCUGCAGAGCAUUGGAGGCGACCCCAAGGUAGAAUCGAAGGAGCCCGUCACCCUGAGUUCUUACUUCCCUGCCUUGCCAGAAACAGUUUUUGAGGUAAAAUUUUUUGCUCAGAAGAGAUUACGAUUGAUCUUUCUAUGGUGAAAAGAUUUGAUCUUUCUAAUGAAGACACUUUAUAGCUAAUCUUUUUUUAUUAAUCUGAUAUUCUCUUCCUACUCUCAAACUCAAGCAUCUCCCUCUCUCUCUAUACCCACAUAUCUAUCUCUCCAUCUCUAACCCAUUGGCUUUGGAACAAUGCAGAGAGCCAUGUCGCUGUACAACAAGCAGAGCGAAGACCGGAAGGCGAAGGCGGAGCUGUUAUUCUUCAAGGAAGAGGAAAAGAGGGUUCUUCCCCCUUCAGCUGCCGAAGCCGCGGUGGCGGAGCCUGAGAACCCCCCCACCUCCGAAGACAUCAUAAUACCCACCAAAGAGGACCUAAACGCCACCACCACCAUCACCACCGACGCCCAACUCGUCCCCCCCUGCUGCCCCACGGAAGAACAAUCAGCAGCCACCACCACCACCGACGCCCAACUCGCCCCCCCAUCCUGCCCCACGGAAGAACAAUCAGCAGACGCCACCACCGACGCCCAGCUCGCCCCCCCCUGCUGCCCCACAGAAGAACAAUCAGCAGCAGCCGCCGCCACCGCCGCCACCGCCGCCGACGCCCAACUCGUCCCCCCCUCCUGCCCCACGGAAGAACAAUCAGCAGCCGUCACCACCACCGUCCUGGGCCUCCCUGAGCCGGGCGAGGAUAUCGCAAUGGAUGAAGACUCCAGCGCCGAGAUCGCCAGCGAAGAGGACCUCAAGAGCGCCGCCGAGAAGCAACCGCCCAAUGCCGUCGUGCCCGGCUGCGUUUCUCUCGAGGGCCCUCCAGCGCCGUGUGAGGACGUUUUAAUGGAAGAAUCCGGUGCCCUGAAUGUAAGUCGGAUACAUCAUUCCUCUGAAAGUACACAUUGAAGCGGCCCCUCCCUUCCUUGAAAUCCCAUUCUUAUUAGGCCUCCUAUCCUCCAUUCAUUAUCCGACUCUUGAAAAUUUCAUCUCCCUCUGUUGUCGCCCUCCUCGUGCUUCAGCUCCUCAGAAGGCGGUAGUAGCCACCGAGGUUAGAGGGUGGGCUCCUCAUCAUCCAUGUAAGAGCUUCUUCCGUGGGGCUUCUAAGUCUCCCUUUCCAUCCUCAAUGUUGAGUUCUGCCGAAGGUCCACAAGUGCAGCUCGGAAGUAAAAAGCUAUUGCAGUCUGUUAACCGCAUGGUCUGA